AUGCGAUUCUCGAUCGCUUUUCUCGUUUUCAUCAUCGCCAGUGUCGCUAGGGGCAGCGCUGAUCAAAACGGCGAUUUAGCCGCCAGCCUCGAUCAACUCAAGAGCCAACUGAGGUCUUUGGGGGAUGCAAUCGCCACGGCGCAGUCGAAACCUUCAGACCCCGAAAGCACAGGCUCCAGCCUUCUGGAGAAGCUGCCCGUGCCACCAGCGAAUGUUGUCAUCCAACUUCUGGCUGGAGUCCCGAAAAGCGUCUAUAGCGAUCUGAUGGACCCUGUCGCGCGGCAGGAUCUCAUGAAAAGCUUCAUCGACGAAGAUUACCCGCAGUGGUACCAUGAUCUUCCCGUGGGAGCCAAAAACUACUUUUCGGAACUUGCUGCCAGUAUGACUGAAGCUGGGAUUUACGACCCGACUAGUCUGGCUGCUGCAGACUCAGCCGAAGCCACUCAUCACGGUCGUGAUGAGCUCUGA